GGAGCGCGCGCCUCCUGACGUCAUAGCCGCGCGCCGCCGCUUGCGGCUUCUGCCACUUCGCGGGAGAAGUUGUUGGCGCCAAUGGAUCCCGAGCCUCGAUAACGGAUUCCUCCCCUAGCCUCGGGCCUGCCCACCUGCUCCUCUUCGGUCGUGGGGGCUGCCAUGGACAUUCGGAAAUUCUUUGGGGUUAUACCAAGUGGAAAAAAGCCUGUAAAUGAGACAGUAAAGAAGACUGAGAAACCAAAACCUUCGGAGGGAACUGUCAAAGGAAAGAAAGGAGUAAAGGAAGCCAAGGUUAACACUUCCUGUAAAGAGGAUGCCUCCAGACCAAAGCAGCACAACAAAAAAAAGAGGGUCAUCUAUGAUUCAGAUUCAGAGCCAGAGGAGACAGAACAGGUGAAAAAAGCAAAAAAGAAAACAGAAAAAUUGGCAUUGUCUUCUAAACCUGGUAAAAUUUCUCGGAAAGAUCCUGUUACAUACAUUUCUGAGACAGAUGAAGACGAUGACUUUGCAUGUAAAAAGGCAGCCUCCAAAUCAAAAGAGAAUGGAGUAUCCACAAAAAGUUAUCUUGGAACAUCAAACAUGAAAAAGAGUGAAGAAAACACUAAGACUAAAAGUAAACCUUUAUCACCAAUAAAACUUACACCAACAUCAGUGCUUGAUUAUUUUGGAACAGAAAGUGUCCAGAGAUCUGGUAAGAAGAUGGUGGCAAGCAAAAGACAAGAGUCUUCUCAAAACACAGAUGACUCCAGACUGAAUGAUGAGGCCAUCGCCAGGCAGCUGCAGCUUGACGAAGACACAGAGCUGGAGAGGCAAUUACAUGAAGACGAAGAGUUUGCUCGGACAUUAGCCAUGUUGGAUGAAGAGCCCAAGGCCAAAAAGGCCCAAAAGGACACUGAAGAGGGAGCACCAUUUUCACCUGUCCAAGCUGAUUUAAGCAAAGCAGAAAACCACAGACCCCCUAAUAAAGCAGAACAUUUGUCAAAUGAAGGAAAGACCUGUACUCCUGCUCAGCACAGCAAGGGUGGGAGCCCAGAAGACACUGCGCAGCCCUGCAGGUCGUCUGCUCACCACAGGGAAGCCUCUGCCUCUCCCAAGGUCAGUUCCAAGCUGGCGCUUAUGAAAGCAAAGGAAGAAAGUUCCUACAAAGCAGCAGAGCUGCUGGCCGCAAAAAGAAAAGAGAACGCCAUUGACCUCAAAGGAGAGAAGAAAACUCCUAAGAAAACCACAAGUUCUCCAACCAAAAGGGAGUCUGUAAGUCCAGAAGAUUCUGAAAAGAAGCGCACUAAUUAUCAAGCGUAUCGAAGCUACUUAAAUCGAGAAGGUCCCAAAGCGCUGGGCUCCAAAGAAAUACCCAAGGGAGCUGACAAUUGCUUGGAAGGCCUGACAUUUGUGAUCACAGGCGUGCUGGAGUCCAUUGAGCGUGAAGAAGCCAAGUCUCUAAUUGAACGUUAUGGGGGGAAAGUCACAGGAAACGUGAGCAAGAAAACCAACUACCUUGUCAUGGGCCGGGACAGUGGACAGUCCAAGAGUGACAAGGCAGCAGCUCUGGGAACAAAAAUCCUUGAUGAAGAUGGUCUAUUGGAUCUGAUUCGAACUAUGCCAGGCAAGAAAUCCAAGUAUGAGAUAGCGGCUGAAGCUGAGAUGAAGAAAGAAAAGUCCAAUUUGGAUGGAACACCCCAAAAAAGCAGCCAUGGAAAAAGAAAAAGUAGUCCAACCAAGAAGGAGUCAGAGUUUAAGAAGAGCAAGCUGACCCCCCAGAAGGACAGCCCUGCGAAGGCAGGGAGGAAGGAAGCAAGUGUGCCUCGGAGGGGCCUGGACUUGAAGGAGACGCACGGCCGUGGCGGGGGGAGCACAGGGGAAAGCCUGCUCUGGGUGGAUAAGUACAAGCCCACCUCACUCAGGAACAUAAUCGGACAGCAGGGUGACCAGAGCUGUGCCAACAAACUGCUACGCUGGCUCAGAAACUGGCACAAGGGCUCUCCAGAUGAGAAAAAACAUGCAAAGCUUGGCAAACUUGCCAGCAAAGAUGAUGGUUCUAGUUUCAAGGCAGCACUGCUCUCUGGCCCUCCAGGUGUUGGCAAAACCACUACAGCUUCUCUUGUGUGUCAGGAAUUGGGUUACAGUUACGUGGAACUAAAUGCAAGUGAUACUCGGAGUAAGAACAGUUUGAAAGCAGUUGUUGCUGAAUCAUUGAACAACACCAGCAUCAAAGGCUUUUAUACAAGUGGAGCGACUCCUUCAGUAAGCUCGAGGCACGCUCUCAUCAUGGAUGAGGUCGAUGGCAUGGCAGGCAACGAGGACAGGGGUGGAAUUCAGGAACUCAUAGGGCUGAUAAAGCACACUAAAAUUCCCAUCAUUUGUAUGUGCAAUGAUAGAAAUCACCCCAAAAUCCGCUCAUUGGUUCAUUAUUGUUUUGAUCUUCGUUUCCAAAGACCUCGGGUUGAACAGAUUAAGAGUGCAAUGCUGUCUAUUGCAUUUAAAGAGGGUUUAAAGAUCCCCCCUCCAGCUAUGAAUGAAAUAAUUUUGGGAGCUAAUCAAGAUGUCAGACAGGUUUUACACAAUCUGAGUAUGUGGUGUGCACAAAAUAAGGCACUAACCUAUGACCAAGCCAAGACUGAUUCGCAGAGGGCCAAGAAGGAUAUCAGACUGGGCCCAUUUGAUGUCGCCCGGAAAGUGUUUGCUGCUGGAGAGGAGACUGCACACAUGUCACUGAUGGACAAAGCAGAUCUGUUUUUCCAUGACUAUUCCAUAGCACCCCUCUUUGUCCAGGAGAACUACCUUCAUGUGAAGCCUGUGGCUGCAGGGGGUGACAUGAAAAAGCACUUGAUGCUUUUAAGCCGGGCAGCAGAUAGCAUAUGUGAUGGUGACUUAGUGGACAGUCAGAUCCGGAGUAAGCAAAACUGGAGUCUUCUGCCCACACAGGCCAUUUAUGCCAGUGUUCUCCCUGGAGAAUUGAUGAGGGGCUAUAUGACCCAGUUUCCCACCUUCCCAAGCUGGCUGGGAAAACACUCAUCUACCGGCAAACAUGAUCGGAUCGUUCAGGACCUAGCUUUGCACAUGAGUCUUAGAACUUACUCCAGCAAAAGGACAGUGAACAUGGAUUACCUGUCACACAUCAGAGACGCACUCGUCCAGCCCUUGGCCUCACACGGCGUAGGAGGAGUUCAGCACGUGGUCACACUUAUGGACACAUACUAUCUGGUGAAGGAAGACGUUGAGAACAUCAUGGAAGCUAGCAGCUGGGGUGGCAAGCCCAGCCCCUUCUCCAGGCUGGAUCCCAAGGUGAAAGCAGCCUUCACAAGAGCUUACAAUAAGGAGGCCCACCUGACCCCAUACUCACUUCAGGUGGUAAAGACGUCAGGAUCCAGUGCUGGAUACAGUGAAGAGUCACAGGAAGAUGACACGCAGUCUGAUGAGAAAGAGCAGGAUGCAAUAGAGACUGACGCCAUGAUCAAGCAGAAGAAGACAAGAGCGUCAAAGCCUUCAAAACCAGAAAAAGAUAAGGAGUCCAAAAAAGGAAAAGGAAAAAGUUGGAAGAAAUGAAACUGUCACUCAGUCCCAGUAUCUGCUUUUAACUUAACCCCUCGACUAGUCCAGCUGGUCUAGAGACCGAAAGGCUCACCCUUUGCCAGAGUAACGGCUGUGUGUGGCACAGUGGGGCGGCCUGGCGGUCCCAUUAUCAAGGAUGGCGCAGCUAGAAGGUCUAACGAGCCCUUACAGAGGUGGAUAGGACUGCUGCACCCUUGCACCGUUCCUCCAGCCGAGAGACUGCUGGGAUCGAGAGUGACUGUGUAGAAAGAAUUCACAGGCUUCGGGUCAGAGUUUAGCUAAACCAUAGCAAGUCCGGGCGCAGUGGGGCUGAGGCAUCUUUUGUAGCUUAAGUUUCUCCUAAUGGCCGUAAGUGGACCAAUGCUGACUUUUUUUUUUUUUUAAGUAACAUGGUAGUUCUUAUUUUAUGGUGAAAUUCUGUAAAUAAACCUUAAAACAAAGCAGCCACCACCUGGAGCUGAGUAUUCUUGGUCUAUUGUCAGGUAUCUCACAAAGUAUGCAUCAGGAUCCAAUGUCCAUGUAAUGCAUGGA